AUGACCGCCACAAUGAUAAAAGAGCACUUAUAUUUCCACGGGAUGGACAAAAGUUGUAAAAUAUGGCAAUUUGAGCAUGAGGAUAAUUUAGAUGAUAUUGAUGAUGCAUAUUAUGAAUCAGAAGUAGAUCCUGUUAAGUUCGAAAUUCUUCUUAAUGAUGCUGAAAAGCCGAUUUACCCCGGUUGCACUAAAUUAACAAAGUUGUCAGCCCUUCUUAGAUUGUACAAUAUGAAAGCAAAAAAUGGAUGGACUGAUAAGAGUUUCACGGAAUUGCUCAUUUUUUUGAAAGAUUUAUUGCCUGAGGAAAACGAGAUGCCCGUGUCAUUUUAUGAGGCUAAGAAAACUAUGUGCUCAUUAGACUUGCAAUAUGAAAAAAGACAUGUUUGUCCUACUGAUUGCCAUGCAAAUGAGAGAAUAAAGGACGGUAGACUUAGACAUCCUGCUGACUCACCAGCGUGGAAGAUAGUGGAUUUUGAAUGGCCUUCAUUUGUCAAUGAACCUAGAAAUAUUCGUCUAGCUCUUUCUACGGACGAAAUUAAUCCUCAUACUUCUCUUAGUAAUAACAGGACACCCAUCAAGGAGACCAUCCAUGAUGCAUUUGAGAUGUAUUUCACGGAAAGAAUGAAAGCACGUAAAAAGAUCAACAAACACCCAGCAAGAGUAAUGUAUUUCCAACCUAUGUUCACAUCUGACAAACCAUAUACUACUCAAGAAAUUGACGAAGUUCGAGAAGAAUGGGUACCGAAGAUUCUUACUGCUGGUUCCAAACUAGAAAAUAUCAUUUUUGAAAUUGUCAAUUGUGAGGGUAUUGUGGAUGAUACUAUCCACGAUGAAGAGAAAACUGGUCUGUCACAUAUGCUAACAAUAAAGGCUGAUUGGCUUAAUUUGGGAGAGUCUGUCCGGUAUACUUUCAAGCAUGGGCGCUGCAUUGGUCCUGCUAUUCCUUUAUCUCAAAUUGCAGGAAACUAUAGCUUCUUAGCUAUCCAUUCUCCCCAUUCAAACCUUAGUCUGAAUGUUGAGGUUCAUGUCAAACCUGCUAUACCAAAUCCAAAAGUGGAGCAUGAUGGAAAAAACUUCUCCACGGUCAUUGAAAAUAAUAAAAAGGUCUUUGAAGAGGACCUGUUAAAAAUUGGCUCUGUAGUCCGAAUAUUGGAAGAAAAAUGUGUCAAGCUAAAUGAAGAGAAGGAAAAAAUUGAGCAAACUAUGAAAAAAUUGCAAGAUUCUACAGAACUAUAUCCAUUUGGUCUCGAAAAUCAGUUGUCCUCGAAAGAGGAAGUGAUGGAGAAUAUAGAAAAGAUGGGUAACUCUGCUGCUGCGGUUCUUUGCAUUAUUUCUAGGGGAAUUCCAUUCCAAGAGCCAAAAAAUCAUUUAAUGAAAGACACAAUAGGAGUGGUUGCUCUACUUGGAAGAGUUCAACCUCAUUGCAGCCAGCUGAGCAGGAUACUGUCAGAAUACUUGGGUGCAGAUCAAAUGCUUGUUGUUGUCGUUAGAUCUUUCGAAACUGUUGUUCUUCUAGAAAGGUAUAAACAAACUGGAGAAGUUGAUCGCAGCCAUGCUAUUCGUGAAGAAGCAGCCAUUCUUGACAAAUCUAUAAAUGGUCGAUUUCUUGUUAUAUGCUUUGACAAUAUAAGGUGACAUCCAAAGCUUCUUAACUACAAUUAAUUUAUUGACACAAGAUAAUCUCUCCUUUCUUAUCAAGUACAAAGUUGGAUCAUCUUAGAAUAUGAAGAUUUACUCAGAGGACUAAUAUUCCUUAUUGUUUGGCAGCCC